AUGGCGGUUAUUGGGCAUUGGGUGGGAGCGUUCCCUCUAUGCUACUUCGUCCCGCAGGCCUCUGUGGCACUUCUUUGCAAAAUGGCGAUGAUGUCUGACUUCAUCGCUUCUUUCUUGCUGCUCUUCCAGGUCGAGAGCGCAGCCACCUUCCCUUGGUACUUGAGCACGCCGCCUCCGUCAACCAACAACCUGAUCCUGGAAUGGAAGGAGAAGGGGCAGUGGUUGCCUGAGGCCGAGGCGACCUACAAGCAGGGCUUCAGCGGGUUUCCUGUCCUUUUCCCUGUGUACCUGGACUUAUCAUAUUCACAUUCCGUGGAAUGCUUGGUCUUCGUAGGGCUGGCCGUGGCCGCGGUUUGGCGCCUGCGCUACGGCAUCAGUAUCGGCUAUGUCAUUGCCAUCUUCCUCGCGGGCAUUAGCCACCCUAUUCUCGACAUGUUUUUCCACGACGCCUACGUCCUGUCGGGGAACCGCGCAGUUACCCGCGUGACCUACAACUUCUGGCAGAUCCCCUACAUGGAGCCCAUUGCGUACUUGUUGGAGAUCCUCAUGUGCUACGGCGGCUACCGCAUCUGGUGGUCGACAAGGCAACCGCUACCCGGCCCUGAGGUCGAUGCCAACAUCACAUUCUACAAGCGCAUGUUCUGGACUGUGGCCUUGAGCCACAACAUGGCUUCCUUCUACAUCGUCAGCCCUUCACUGAUUUGGAUCAUGUACAAGAUCGCACCGGAGCAGCAGUUCUUGACCCCUGCCUGCUACUGGUCUUACUGUUUGUUCGCCGUGACCCUUUGGUCCUGGACCUUCGCGCUCUAUCCGCUGCACAAGUUGGAGAGCCUCACCUGCAGGAAAGAGGCCGCUACAGAGCCGGCUGAAGAGUACCGGAAGAUACCCUGA